GUCGCGCACGUCGCCUCGAAGACGCCUGAUAUUCGGUUGCGGGGAUCGCCAGUUAAACGGUUUCAAAAUAGUGCGAAGAAAUUCGAUUUCUUCUAUAAAAAAUCCUUGCAAGAGUGCUAAUAUCCUGACUCAAAUCGAGGUUGACAGGAUACCGCUACCAUGGCGACAACGAGGGAGCAGUUUCUAUUCGGCAAUGAAAACGGUGUCGCCGGACUCGGUCUGGGCAUCGAGAUCGGAGAAGCGCCCAACAGCCGUGUCUACAAUGCCACCACAGAGCCCGUGAGCAGUGCUGGUGGUCGACGUAAUGGCCAGCCAAGUACAACGACUACUGUCACGCCCACAUCCGCCCCUACGCCACCCCAGGCGGGGUACACCAACGGGUCCACGGCCAGCAAGCAGCCGCCACUGGAACCUGUUGAGGAGGAGGAGGUGCACUUCGAUACCGAUGCUCUGAAUAACCUGCCCGCUCGCGAACCCGUCGACAUGGAGUUCAAGGAGUUGUCCUUGACUGUGAACUUGGGCUUCAAACGAGGAUCCAAAGAAAUCUUGCACAAUGUGUGCGGAAAGUUCCCCGGCAGUCAGCUCAUUGCCAUUAUGGGACCCUCCGGUGCCGGAAAGUCUACCCUAUUGGAUGCUCUAUCUGGUUUCAAGACAACCGGUGUGGACGGAUCUAUUCUGCUCAACGGAAGGCGACGAGAUCUGCCCUCCUUCCGCCGCAUGUCCUGCUACAUUACACAGGACGAUCGCCUGCAGCCCCUGCUGACUGUCAACGAGAAUAUGCACAUCGCUGCGGAUCUUAAGCUGGGAAACACCGUUAGCUACGAAGAGAAGGAGAGCAGGAUUGAAGAUAUCCUGCUGCUGCUGGGUCUCUACAACCAUGAUCAAACCCUGACAGUCCGCCUGUCCGGUGGUCAGAAGAAAAGACUUUCCAUAGCCAUGGAAUUGAUCAACAAUCCAACUGUGAUGUUCCUCGAUGAGCCUACAACUGGCUUGGACAGCAGCUCGUGCACCAAGGUCCUGGAGCUGCUAAAGAGGCUGACAAGCCAGGGACGCACCAUCAUCUGCACCAUUCACCAGCCCACAGCCAAGCUGUUCCAGAUCUUCGAUCAGGUCUAUGUCCUCUCCGCUGGUAACUGCGUCUACCAGGGCAGUACCCAGAAACUUGUACCAUUCCUGCAGUCCGUGGAUCUGCCAUGUCCCAUGUACCACAAUCCAGCAGAUUACAUUAUUGAACUUGCCUGCGGGGAGUACGGCUUCGACAAGAUCGAUACCCUCAAGAGUGCCACUGAAAACGGAAGCGCCCUUACCUGGUUCGAUAAUCCCAGUAGUGUGAUGCGGGCCGAGGCGCUCAUGCGAAAGUUUCCGAUUCCCAAGAGAAGCAAAGCCCGAUCCUUGGAGGACACUAGCUACUCGAACCAGUGCUCUGUGCUGAUACGUCGAGGAUACAUCAAAGCGAAACGGGAUACGACCAUGACUCACUUGCGAAUCGGAGUUAACAUUGCGGUGGCCGCGCUUUUCGGCGCCAUGUACGAUCACACAGGCCGGGAGGGAUCUCGUGUCCUGGACAACUACAACCUGCUAUUUGCCAUAUUGAUGCACCAUUCCAUGACGACAAUGAUGUUAACGGUUUUGACUUUCCCCAUUGAGCUGUCCAUUCUGAUCAAGGAACACUUCAAUCGCUGGUACUCCCUGAAAGCCUACUACACUGCCAUGACUCUGGUUGAUCUCCCCGUUUCGAUCCUCAGUUGUUUCCUCUUCACCGGUAUCGUUUACUUAUGGAGCUAUCAGCCGAUGGAGUGGGUCCGCUUUUGGAUGUUCUUCGUCAUCAGUUUAAUGACAGUCUUUGUGGGACAAAGCUUUGGACUGAUGAUCGGCGCCUGGUUCGAUGUGACCAAUGGAACUUUCCUGGCGCCCGUCCUAACCAUUCCCAUGAUGAUGUUUGCCGGUUUUGGUGUCACAUUGCGGGAUCUGCCCAGCUACUUAAAAUGGGGCAGUCACAUAUCAUACCUACGAUAUGGUUUGGAAGGAUUCAUAGCAGCGAUCUACGGUUUGGAUCGAGGAACACUGGCCUGUGACGAGGCGCCCUACUGCCACUACAGAUACCCAAAGAAAUUCCUGGAGGAGAUUACCAUGAGAGGAGAUCAGUUCUGGAACGACGUGCUCGCGCUGACUCUGAUGAUUGUUCUUUUCAGGCUAGCGUCGUAUAUCAUACUCAAGGCCAAGAUAAAGUCUAUUCGAUGAUUCCGAUGAGGAAUAAAAGCCCACAAUUCCAUUCCUUGUAUUAUAAAUUACUUGUUGAACAUUAUGUUUAGUGCUAUUAAUAUUUAAAAAUAAUAUUAUGUACAAGUACACAAAACAUUGUUAAAUAAAGCUACGAUUUUUUGUAACUAUCCUAGAAA